AUGGGUAUGCCUGGCUUCGAGACCUGUUUGGACGAGUUAAUGUCCAGGGUCUUAGGUGACCUCAUUCAGGAGGGCUGUGUUGCUAAAAUUGCCGAUGACCUGUAUAUUGGUGGAAAUACCCCUAGUGAGCUCGAGGUGCUCCACCACUGGCGCCGCGUGCUCUCCCUACUGAAGAAGAACAAUCUUCGCUUAUCAGCCUCCAAAACCAUUACCUGCCCACAGAAAGCUGUUGUGUUAGGCUGGACCUGGUCUAAAGGCACCUUGCAGGCUAGGCCACACAAGCUUGCUGCCUUAUCCUCUGUCGCUCCGCCUUCUACAGUACAAGGCUUACGAUCCUUUAUUGGCUCAUACAAGGUACUCAGCCGAGUACUCCCAAAGUAUGCCGAGCUGCUCGACCCUCUCGAUCAGGCUACCGCCGGAAAGGAGUCACGGGAGCGAAUCCAUUGGUCUGACGAAUUACUGCUAGCAUUCAAGACUGCACAACAAGCCCUAGACAAUCACAAAACUAUCUCACUUCCUCAGUCUGAUGAUGCGCUCUGGAUUGUUACAGAUGGUUCCGUAAAGAACAGGGGCAUAGCAGCCACCCUCUAUAUUCAACGUAACGGAAAGCUCCUAUUAGCUGGUUUCUUCAACGCCAAGUUGCGUAAACAUCAGGUGACUUGGCUUCCUUGUGAGAUAGAAGCUUUGGGCAUCAGUGCUGCCAUAAAGCACUUUGCCCCUUACAUCAUUCAGUCUGUCCACACUAUCCAGGUUCUCACGGACAGUCGAACUUGUGUUCAAGCAUACGACAAGCUCAAGCGUGGCGAGUUCUCAGCUAGCUCACGAGUCACUACCUUCCUGACAACUGUUAGUCGUUAUCAAGUCCAUGUGCGCCACAUCGCUGGAGCAGAGAAUCUUCCAUCCGAUUUUGCUAGCAGAAACCCUCGACAAUGUUUAGACUCUAGUUGUCAGAUUUGCAAGUUUAUCGCAGAAAUGGAGGAUUCUGUUGUCCGUGAAAUCUCUGUGAGUGACGUCAUUGAAGGUUCCGUUCGAAUGCCCUUCACUAGUAGAGCAGCAUGACAAGCUACCCAGCAGGAGUGCCCUGAUCUCCGGCGAACCCACUCCCACCUUCAUCAAGGCACCCGCCCCUCCAAGAAAAUCACUAAGAUCAUUGAUGUCAAACGUUACCUCAAGGAUAUCAUUGCGUUCGACGGCCUCCUUAUCGUGAAGGACACUCAACCAUUCCAGCCCAGCCGCGAGCGCAUAGUCGUGCCCCGCUCCGCACAUGAUGGCCUGCUGACGGCAGUUCAUAUCAUAUUAACUCACCCGUCUAAAUACCAACUCAAACGUCUGUUCAACCGGUACUUCUAUGCCCUGGAUGUUGAUAAGACAAUUGAAGCGGUCUCGUCAUCUUGUCAUCUCUGCCAGUCAGUGAAGACAAUUCCUAAGCAUCUACAGCCCCAGUCUACUUCAGACGCCCCUUCAGCCAUUGGUAUCUCGUUCGCUGCAGACGUGAUGCGCCGUAAUUGCCAGUACAUACUUGUCAUGCGAGAGACUGUGUCCUCAUACACUAUCGCUUCUCUCAUUGAGAGCGAAAAGCAUGAGACU